AGUGGAUUCGCCGAGAAAUGACGUCACAUGGUAGUUGCGGUGCGUAGGUUAGGGAUGGGAAGGAAGGGAAGGGAAGGGAAGGGAAGUGAAGUAGUGAAGUGAAGUGACCUGGUGUGGCUGGUGCGCAUUUUCAAAAUGGCGAUUUAGUGGAAAUAUGACUACAUUAACUCACCGUUGACUGUAGUUUCUGAUAAAAAGGGAGAAGCUUAAAAUAAUUUCAUUUCAUUAUUAUUUUAUUUAAAUUUCUCCUGCUCUUCUACUUGUGUUUUAAGCGGUUGGGUUGCUUUGCUUUGCCUUUCGAUUCGAUCACCUCAGAGCUUUGAGGAAUGGAUGUUAGGGUUUUUAAGAAAUUAGGUUUUGGGAUUGGGAGAGGGAGAAGUUUUGAGCUGGGAGAGUUUGGGGCGUUAUACGGUUUCGAUUCUGUGGGACUACAAGGAUUUGAGCUUCCAAGAAUCGAGAAUUGAACUGGAGUUUCUCCCUUGGAUUUAAAGGAUCAAAUGGUGACUACAGGUUGCAUUUUCAAGCUUGUUCUAUCCAUGGGGAUUGUGGGUUUUGGUGCAAGGUGUUUGAUGAACUAUAAUCCAGGAGCGCUGUAGAAUUCAAAAUAGUAUGAAUUCUCCGUCAACCCAAUUUCCCUCUUCAAGGAGGAUGGGUAUAUAUGAGCCAGCCCACCUGAUUAGCAUGUGGGGGGAAUCCUUCAAAGGUGGUGCCAGUCCAAAUACUGGUGUAUCUACGAUUGUUGGGGUGGAGACAAAGCUUGACGACAAGUCGGAAGAGAGCCAAGAUACUUCUCAUGGAUCACUGGGUCCUUCAAAAAACUACGACCGAGAAGCAAGAAAACUGUCUGAUAAGGUAAUAAGACGACUUGCACAAAAUCGUGAGGCUGCCCGUAAAAGUCGCCUGCGUAAAAAGGCUUAUGUGCAACAGUUAGAAUCAAGUCGUUUAAAGCUUACACAAUUGGAACAGGAGCUUGAGCGAACUAGACAACAGGGCGUAUACAUAAGUGGUGCUUAUGACACUAACCAUCUGGGGCUGCCUGAAACUGUUAACUCAGGAGUUGUUACAUUUGAGAUGGAGUAUGGUCACUGGGUUGCAGAACAAAUGAGACAAACACAUGAAUUAAGAACUGCUUUGCAAGCUCAUGUAACUGAUAUAGAACUUCGAAUACUUGUAGAUGGUGGCAUGAACCACUACUAUGAUCUUUUCCGCAUGAAAGCAGCUGCAGCAAAAGCUGAUGUUUUCUAUAUAAUGUCUGGCAUGUGGAAAACAUCAGCUGAACGUUUUUUCCUGUGGAUUGGAGGAUUUCGCCCCUCUGAGCUUCUAAAGGUUCUCAUACAGCAACUUGACCCUCUAACAGAACAACAGCUUAUGGAAGUCUGCAACCUCCAGCAAUCAUCUCAGCAAGCAGAGGAUGCGCUUUCACAAGGGAUGGAUAAACUGCAGAUGACACUGGCUGAGACAAUUGCAGCUGAUCCACUGGUUGUUGGAAGUUACACGUUACAGAUGACUACAGCAAUGGAGAAAUUGGAAGCUAUUGUAAGCUUCGUGAACCAGGCAGACCACAUUCGCCAGCAGACCCUGCAGCAAAUGGCUCGCAUCCUGACUACCCGUCAAGCAGCUCGAGGUCUGGUUGCCUUGGGAGAAUUCUUCCACUCCCUUAGAGCCCUAAGUUCACUUUGGGCUGCCUGUCCUCGUGAGCCUGCCUAAUCAAUGAGAAACAUGGUGACCUUGAUGUUUCUUGGUUAUGGUACUGGACUGGAGAAUCAUGUCUCAACAGCAUGGGAAAAUGCUACAUGCUGAGCAGAAGCACUUUCAAUAGUGAUCAUUAUUAGCAUCUUGUGAACAUCAUUUAAGCUAAGCUGCUGACAAUUUUGAAGCAGUGCCCCUACCAUUGAAAGAACUGUCAAUAUGAAACUUCAUGCUCCAUCCGUCAAGGGAGGUUCUGUUCUGUGAAUUUGUCUCCAACAGACAUUUGUAAUAUAUAUUUAGGCAAAGUUCUUGAGUUCUAGGUUGUAAUGUUUGAGCCUUUGGACGAAAAAGGGUCCUCAUGUAAAUAAUAGGAUAGUUGUCUGCAUUGUAAGGAGUCUGGGGAGGGAAGAUGUAUAUUCAUAUUACUACACGGUGGAUGGUGAUUUGCCGCCUUAAAGCUUUGAUAGAUCAAGUUUUCUUUUUUGAUCUUAUUUUGUUGGUUAAUAAGCCUUUUAGUUCUAGAGUUUAGAUCAGAUCCUCGGACGAGAUUGGUUCUAUGUUAAUAAAUAUCCAAUGCAAGCAUCUAGUAAAGGUGUCUUUUAUUACA